UUCCUUCAGCCAUCUGCCUGAGAUAUGGGAGGGAGCUGGAGAAAGAAGGAGGGGGAGAGACUGCCAGAGAGGAAGAGAAAAGAAAGGAAGAAACACUAGCGAGAAAAAGAAAGGAAAGCGGAAUAAAGGGAUAGAAACUACCCAGCCUCACGCAUCCAAGCUGGGGGGGGAGGGGGUGGGGGGGCCACAGGAAAAUCCGAGGUGGUGCUCGGCGCCGGCCCCGGCUGCUCGGGAGGCUUGUUUUCUUCCUGGUCCUCUGCCCCGUUUGGUUUAUGGAGAAAAAGAAAAUGGUAACUCAGGGUAACCAGGAGCCAACAGCCACUCCUGACGCCAUGGUUCAGCCAUUUACCACCAUCCCGUUUCCACCACCUCCACAAAAUGGAAUUCCCACAGAGUAUGGGGUGCCACACACUCAGGACUACGCAGGCCAGACCAGUGAGCAUAACCUGACGCUUUACGGAGGUACACAAACGCAUGGAGAGCAGAGUACUAACACAGCCAGCACGCAGAAUGGAGCUCUGACGCAGACAGAAGGAGGGGCACAGACAGAUGGACAGCAGUCACAGACACAGAGUAGUGAGAAUACUGAGAGUAAAUCUACCCCAAAACGAUUGCAUGUCUCCAAUAUCCCCUUCCGAUUCCGGGACCCUGAUCUCCGGCAGAUGUUUGGGCAGUUUGGCAAAAUCCUUGAUGUAGAAAUAAUCUUUAAUGAACGUGGCUCCAAGGGAUUCGGGUUCGUAACUUUCGAGAAUAGUGCUGAUGCAGACAGGGCCAGGGAGAAAUUACACGGCACCGUGGUAGAGGGCCGUAAAAUCGAGGUGAAUAAUGCAACAGCACGUGUAAUGACCAAUAAGAAGAUGGUCACACCAUAUGCAAAUGGUUGGAAGCUGAGCCCAGUGGUUGGAGCGGUCUAUGGCCCUGAGUUAUAUGCAGCAGCCUCCAGUUUUCAAGCAGACGUCUCGCUAGGCAAUGAUGCGACAGUGCCCCUGUCGGGAAGGGGGGGGAUCAACACUUACAUUCCGCUCAUCAUUCCUGGCUUCCCUUACCCCACUGCAGCCACCACAGCAGCCGCAUUCAGAGGAGCCCACCUAAGGGGCCGAGGGCGGACGGUGUACGGUGCAGUCAGAGCGGUACCUCCAACAGCCAUCCCUGCCUAUCCAGGUGUGGUUUACCAGGACGGAUUUUACGGUGCUGACCUCUAUAUAGACUCUGCAAACAGCUUCAGAUCGGACAGGGUGGAUAUGCAGCCUACAGAUAUGCACAACCUGCUACUGCGACAGCAGCCACAGCCGCUGCCGCCGCCGCAGCCGCUUACAGCGACGGUUAUGGCAGGGUUUAUACAGCAGACCCCUACCAUGCCCUUGCCCCUGCCGCUAGCUACGGAGUUGGCGCUGUGGCAAGUUUAUACCGAGGUGGCUACAGCCGAUUUGCCCCCUACUGAAGUGACGUGACCCCCUGCAGAUGGGACAGCCCCCCAUUCAUGAGGCCUGGCUAUUGCAAUAUUUACUCCUAGAGGAACUCUAUAGCAAGAUGAAGAGGAAAAACAAAAAAAACAAAAACACACAAAAAAAAACACAAAAAAAGAGAAAAUACUUUUUUAUACCUCACUAUGUUCUUUGAAUAUGUAUUUUUCCUUUAAAUUUCUGCCUUUAAUUCUUUUGUUCCAAAGAUUGUGCAUUUUUCUUUUUUUUUUUUUUUAACUGUGGUAAAAAAAAAAACGAUGCAUUUCCAUGUCUGUAUGUCCGUGCGUAGCUUAUUCUGCCAAUCACGGAAGAGGCAGUUAAUGAGGAAGGAAAGACUUUAGAAAGUGACCCAUUCAAUGAAUCAGAAGUGAACAGGCAGAAUGACCGAAGUGAGUGGCGCGGCAAGCAGUUGUGGGACUGGCCAACGGGGAAAGGGGCUCCAUUCCCUCCUUUCUCCAACUCUUUGCCUUUUAUGUUUCUUUGGUGGGCAAUCCUGAUGGACUGUGGCUGGGAUCCCCACGUGGAGGGGCGGCAGGGAGGAUUGAGGGUUCGCAUAGCCGGAGACUAACAGAUGCUUUCCUCUCUCCUCUUCCCUUCUCCUGUUUCCCCAUUCAUUGCUGAUAUCCCUCCAGUGAUAACCAUACCCAUUGUUGAUAACGCACCGACAGGCUGAUUGGCACCGAGAUCACCAAACCUGCCCUAGACUGGAUAAUUAAAAAAAAAAAAAAAACAAUCUUCAUUAGGAAACAGAUCUUAGAAUGAAGUCUGGAGUGUGGAAACUGUUCUUUUUCUUUUUCCUUUCCUGUAAUCCCAGCAGUGCUGCUGGGCUGAUUCUGCUUUCUACUUUUGCCUCGGUUUGGCUCAUCCAUCUCCUUUCUCAUAAACCCUUGCUUCCAUAUCCACAAAUACCAGGAAUUGAGGACCCGGGGACAAAGGACUAGACGUUGGCCUCUGUUUGUAGAUCCAGGAAUAUCGCUUAAUGACUGCCUUCAGAAAGGGGCGGCAGGGGGAAAGUUGAAAGGAAAGGACAGCAGAGUGCUCUGAUUCAGAGAGAACCCUGUCCCGCCGCCCUCACCCCUUCUUCUGUUAAGUCAGUCCAGUAGUCUGUUGGAAAAGCUGAAGCACAAGAUGUCGCGGGCCAACACAACUGUCCCUGGAGCCAGCUCCGGUCACUGGGGCCUGUGAAGGGCAGGCCGGGGCACUUUGUGUAGGUUCUAAAGCCAUAGGAAUUUCCAUCUUCCAGAGCCUUUCUGAGUGAGUCACUUGUAUUCACAGUCUCAAGUCUUGGUGGCCGUUCCCCCGGCCUUUCAGUAUCCCCCAAAGACACAGAACUGAGCCCCUGGGCUGCUUGGUGAGUUAAUGCUACAGGAUGUCAGGUGUGGCCCCCGGGCUUGCUUUUUAACCCCCAGUAGGGAGGAAAGACUUGGAAGAGCAGGGAUCUUGCGUGUCGCCAGAAGAGAAGGCCAGUGACCGUUGGCAGCGAGGUGGGGGUCUUGAUAUCUGGUCUCAGUUGGACAAAUUCUGUCAGGUGAGAGAGGUUCCCUUUCAGCUGCUAGCUAACUCUGCCCAGGCAAGUUCAGUGCUCUGCAGCACUCUCCAAAUAGAAGGCAUUGGUGGUCUUUCAGGGGCUCCCCAGCCUCUCCGUCGGCGCUCGGGUGGGGACCAAGGCAGAGCUUUUUGGUUUGGGUUUUGACUCCUGCUCCGGCACAGGCUGUUAGCUAACCACGCCCCCAAAGUCAGCCCGGGCUGCUGUGAGGUCAGGCACCCCAGAUGGGCGGUUAUCCGGUGGUCCUCUGGCCAUCCAGAGCCCGAUGCGGGCCUCAGUUCUCCUUCAGAUGCUCGCCCAUCCUAGAAGGACAACAGAGGCCUUGGGGACCUCAUUUGGGGACACCAGACUGCCAGUCCAUCAAGCGCUUUUUUUUUUUUUUUUUAAAGGUUUGUUCAUUUGUUGUUGGGCUUUUUUUCCCCAAGCCAAAGUUUGGUUUGCUCUUAAGACAAUUUUUGUUGUGUGUAUAUAAAUCUUUUAGUUAGACUGAAAAUUGGGGGGGGGGGGCUUUCACAAACUCUAGAAAAUGGGGAAGUGGGUUUUGUUCUUUUGACUUUUUUUCUUUUUUGAAGGGGAGCAUUUACUGAUGAAAGCAGAUAUCUGAGUGCAGUCUAGUGUCAUGUUCGAUCCAGUGUGAUUUCCACAAGAUGCCCUUUGGAGCUGAGACUAAGCUAAGAUCCCCAGUAGCAGCCUGAAAGGGCAGGGCAUAGAGAUGCUUCUCACUGGCAUUUCAUGCCCGGGAAGAGGAGAGACGCGAUGCGGGGAGAGAAGCUAGUUGCCGGGGAUGACCACUUGAGUCAGCUCCUCUCAGCCUUUCAGUUCAGCUGGUUCUGGCUGUGGGCCCCAGAAGGCCGGGCUCCUUGUCCCCAGUGGCUGUGGGCGGUGUUCCCCAGAAGGACCCUGGGGAGCUCAGCUCCUGUAGAGGCUGAGGACUGAGGCUCUGCUCCCCCAAGGGCCUGAGAGAGGCCGGCAUCCAGCGCAGACCUGGGCUUUCUAGAGGCAGGUUCCUCAGAUGCUCGUGGUGCAUCCUCUUUUCUCUUGUCAUUUGAUUUUUACAAAACAGCCAAGUGGAAGCUUGUCCGAGGAGGUCAGUGGCAGGCCCCAAGCCCUUGCGGACCGGCUCUACCUGAGAGCGGGAUGGCCUCCCUGCUUAGCUCUGGGUCCAGACUCUGUAAGUCAGGCUUUCCUCCGCUGUUUGCUCUGGCAGCUGGGUGAUUGCAUAGGGUUCCUCCCACAAAACCCGGGACAGAUCUCAUGAGAGCCUUCCCUUCCCGCUCCCAGUCCUCCCCAAACUCCCCGCGGGACAUUGGGCCGCUCAGAUUUGCCAGGGUUUAGCCAUUAGGGUCCGGCCUUUGCGGAGCUGGUGAUGGUGGCAGAGUCCAAAGGGAAAAGCAUUGAAAGCGUUCUGGCUGGCAACCACGACUAGGCCAAUCGAGCCAACUUUGCGGGCUUCGGUUCUUGAGACGGGCAGCACCCGGGCUGAGGGAUCUGAGGAGGGGAAGGCGGCGAUAUCUUCACGCCUCUUCCCUCCGGGGUCUGCUGCGCUCAGUGAGUCAGAGGAAGUGAAGGAGUCAAAGUUCGUUAGGGACAUCCUAUUAUUAGUUAUACUAAGCAGCCUCCGAAAGCAAGGGGCGUAAAAAUGGGGCUUGGAACAUAUAAUUCCCAAGAAUAUGCAAAUAGGGCAUCAUAAAUUCCCCUUCCCUCUGCCCUGGGUAAAGAGACCGGUGGGAAACGGUCUGGGGAGCGCCAGGAAUCCAGGAUAAGAGGGGCUGGGGGGAGGAGGGGGUGUCCGGAGCUUCUCCCCUUUUGCCAGGCCCGGCUCCAAAGAGGGGGAGCUGGGCCACUCACUGCUUUUGGCAGCCCUCUAGCACAGCACCCUUGGAGGACAGGGUUCGCCCCUGGAUGCUGGAGGAAAGGAAGUUGGGGGGGAGGGGGCGGGGGGUUGGGUAGUGGUGGUUUUAAAGCGUAUGUUACCUGUUUGCACUGUUUUAAAAUAGGACAAAAAAUAGUGGACAAGGUAAACGUCAAAUGUAAACUUCUGUGUGUCUUUAUUUUUCUGUCAUGCUCUUGAAAAUGUUGACCAUUUGUAGUAUACACCAGUGAAACUUGAUUCUCGAUUGCAUAAAACACUAUUUUUUGGCUCUGUUACUGUCCAAAAGCCCCUCUCUUUACCGCCCCCUCCCCCCCUUCCUUGCGAGCCCUCUGUCCUCUCGACACUUGUCGAAAGGAAGAGCAGAGACUGCCGGGGCGGCCUCUGGGCCAGGGUCUUUCCGCACGUUUGCUGAAGUCCUUGAGACGCUUUGAUUUGGGUGCUGGGCCUGGGGAGGGGGUCCCCACACCAGACAGCAACAAGUGGUUUACUUCCCAAACCCAGGACACUAGGAAUGGGGGUGAGGAGGGGUUCCCCGAGCUGUCUAAUUGGCUGUUGCCGUUGAGUUCUCCUCCAUGUUACCACAACUGUAGCCAGUUAAAGUUUACUCAGGAAAACGGUCGAUCAAUUCAGCCAUGGUAGUGCUGGUUGGCAGGGAUUUGGUAACUCACGGAGAACUUGCCCACCGGCCAAAACCCAAACCUUGCUUUUAAGGAAGCGGCCAGCCCGGAGGAGUGGCCCCGGCGCCCGGCGGGCAGUCUGAGUGCCAGUGCUGGGAGGGUUCAGGUGAGACUGGCACCGAAAGGCAAGAAGGGGCAUCCUCUCUCUUCCCUCCCCGCUAGCUUCCCAGGAGGGGCUCCGUGUUGGGGAUUUGGGGUUUUAUUUUGUACUUUUUUCUAUUUGGUGCCCUGGGGCCUAAUGUGCUUUGAGGAAUGCCAAUCCCCCAUCAAGACUCCCAGCUUCAGUCUGUCUCUCGGUUUUGGGAUUUUUUUUUUCUGUUCACAGUAUUUGUGUGUGUGUGUGUGUGUGUAUGUGUGUGUGUGUGUGUGUAUGAGUGUGUACAUGCGUACAUGCGUGUGUGCACACGUGUGUUUUGGCAGCUCAGUUUGGCUGUAUUAUAUAUUGAGUGAUAAAUUAAUCCUCCUUUUUUCCUCUAAGGGAUAUAAGUUGUUUCUCUCUCUCUCCUCCUCUCUCCCCCACCCCCCAUCUGCCCAUCUGUCUGUCUCUCUUUCUGUCAUUAUACUUCUGCUUGUGAAUAGCUGGAGUGAAUCCUGGGGCUGAUGGCACACAUAAGCUAGGGCUGCGGAAUGAGAACAGCCAGUGUAGAGGUCACUUGCACCCCCCAGGCUGACCUACCUGAGACUCUGGGCUUUUCAGUUCAAAUCAUUGCAAGACUAAAAAUGCCACCGAGCUGCCCCCCCUUUCCUCUCCCUCCAGCCCCCCAUGGCAGUGACUGAAUCAUCCCUCUGUGCAGUUCCUCCUGCCCCCUCUCAUUGCCAUGGCAAAACCGGUACCUUUGGGGCAUAGGGUGCAUCAAAUAGGAUGCUUGUAUAUUUAACCACCUGGCCUUCCCUCCUCCUCUCCAUCUUUCCAUUCCUUUCUUCCUUCUCUCCAUCCUUCCUCCAUCCCCUCUAUCCUUCCUUCCCUUCAUCCUUCCUCCCUCCCUCUAUCUUUCCUUCCCUCCUUCCUUCCUUUCUUCUCCCCUCCCUUUCUUCCUUCUUUUCUCCCUCUCCCCCUCUGUCCUUUCCUUCCUUCUUUCUCUAUCUUCUCUUCCUUCCCUCUCUUCUUUCCUGCUUCCCUUCCUCGUUCCCUUCCUUCCAUUUCCCUUUUCUCCUUCCUUUCCCCCAUCACUUCCUAGGACGCCAGAGCUGCUGCCCAGGGUCCUGUUUCCCUGCUAAUCCCAGAGAAGCACCCAGGGCUUUGUGACAGCCUCUAUCCUCCCCACCCCCCUCCUCUUGUUAAGUAUCAUAAUGUAUAGUAGCUUUCAGACCAUACAGUAUUCAUUGGGUUACUCCUAUUAUUAUCAAGUAGCUGGAAUUGUGAAGGUCGGAGUAGUUAGAUCUUUAGCUUUUACUCCUUAUUUUUUUUUUGUAUUACUAUCCAUGUGUAUAAAUUAUUGAUCAUGUUGCUGGCUUUUAUAAACUCUUCGCAAGGGAGGGGCGCUGCCUUAACCUUUGCAAAUGGUAAUGAAGCACUGUUUUUAAAUAAAAGAGAGAAACACCAA